UUCAUCAAAUACCAAACGACCUUCAAUACCUCAGAAAUUUCUUCUUUUUGAGGUCCACAAUUUAUAUACUUUUGUCUCUACUUUUCUUAUUGAGGAAAUAAUAAUCAACUAUUUCAGAAUUAUAUUUCGUUUUCUCGUGGACUUAUAAACGUGUAAUAAUCUGACUUGGUCAAGUUCGUUACGAGUUUUUUCUACGGUGCUAAACCCAACAUCUCGGACCGGAUCAAUGAGUUACCCAUCUAACUCCUCUAUAAAUACGCAUUAAACCAAUUAAUAACACACUUAAACAUUCAUAAAUCUUUCUCGAAAUUCAAGUCCAUGUCCGAAGCUUCUUCUUUGCUAAUACCCAAAACAAACCCUCCAGUUACAUCGGAUCCAAUGGCAAACAAAUCCCUGACAGGCCUCGAGAGUCUCAUAAAGCUUCUCCCAACAGGAACACUCUUCAUCUACCUCUUACUCAACCCUGUCCUCACAAACGACGGUGAAUGCUCCACAUCUAAUAAGGUCAUGUCAAGCAUUCUCAUCGCUCUUUGCAGCUUCUCUUGCGUGUUUUCAUGCUUCACCGAUAGUUUCAAAGACACGGACGGGUCAAGAAAGUAUGGUAUAGUCACCAGAAAGGGUCUUUGGACUUACGCAGAUCCAGGAUCCGUGGACUUGUCUAAGUACAAGCUUAGAAUUGCUGAUUUCGUUCACGCGGGUUUCGUGGUGGCUGUGUUUGGAACACUUGUGUUGCUUGACGCUAAUACCGCAAGCUGCUUUUAUCCUCGGUUUAGAGAAACGCAAAAGACUCUGGUCAUGGUUUUGCCUGUGGCUGUGGGCAUUGCCUCGGCCGGUAUCUUCGCUAUAUUUCCUAGUAAACGGAAUGGACUCGGCUAUGCUCCAAGUGGUGAGAAGGAGGAAGAGGAGACCAAGAAGGAUGCAGGCUCUGCAUGAGACGUAGUUGAUUCUAUUGUUUGUUAUCUUGGUCAAGAUUUAUUGAAGAUAAAAGAAAACGAUUGUAUGCUUAAAAGAUUUAUUUAGUUCUUUUGUAAGUCGUUACCAUAAAUGUAUAUUGUAUGGAAUCUUAUAGUAUUUCAGAAUAAAACGACGUUACCCUAUAAACAAGAGCUUGUGUGUCUUAUCUAUAUAAGUUCAUUAGCCAAACUUUAUGAAGAUUUUAUAGUUUAUAAUUCCAUGUAUCUUCGGACAUCAUAUUAGAUUUUUAUUAUCAUGUUUGAAGCUGCCAUGAGAUCGAUCUUUGUUUAUAACUAAUUCGAGUUUGACUAUAUGGUGAUCAGAAGUACCGUUGGAAGAAAGAAUUGAAUAAGAGCCAGGUACAAAUUCGAAAGGCGAUUCAGGAGAUGUCAGAAUCUACAUCAGAUGAAGGGAUUCAGAUAUUAUUAUUGCCAUGAUUUUUUUUUUUAAUUAUUGCCAUGAUUUAGUAUACUAAUCAAUGUGAGAACAAAACUAACGAGAAACUAGCUUUGGCUUUUGGCAAUAAUGGUUCAAAUUUGAAGUGAUACUAUUUCUCAUGGGAAAAGGAUAUUCUGAUUAAAAUGACUUGAACCCAAAAUCCUGAAUACUUGUUCUUAACCUAAACGGUACCCGAAUGCCGAACGCAUAGUGUUGUAAGGUUAAUUGUAAAAUGAAAAGCCCAUGCGGUUGAGUGGAGAAGAGAGGAUGAUGAUCCAUGGCUGAAGAUGUCCCAUGACGAAAAACAAAUAUGGAGUUGCUUUACACUAUUUAAAAGCCCAAGUCAAAAUUUCUAGUCCUUUUAAGUUUUAAGUAGAAGACCUAAUACCUAAGAGCAUGUUUAUUGUAGAUCUCUUAAGUUAGGAUUUUUAGCGUAAUAUAAGAUACGAUAUCUUAGUUUUUAAUUAAAAAACAUUAAGAGACGUCUCUUAAAUAAAAAAUAUCUCUUAAAUAAAAGAUAUAUCUUAAAUAAGAGAUAUAAGAGACGUCUCUUAGCUUUUUUAGUUAAAAGCUAAGAGAUCGUAUCUUAUAUUACGCUAAGAAUCUAAACGUAAGAGACUUGCAAUAAACAUGCUUUAAGUGAUUUAUGAGGUGAAUAUUGGUUAACGGCACAACAUCCCCAAUAUAUUAAUUGAGAAACAUUUUUAAGUUGUGACUAUUGAUUCAAUGAUGAGGUGUCAUCACCACAACUCUUUUUACAACCCUUAUUAAAAAAGACACAACUUACUAGAGUAAUAACGGAAAUGCCAUUAUAGACCACCAUUUAUUUAUAAAAUUUUGUGAAAUCAUAAUUACUAUUUCCAUCGAAUCUACCCAGACCAACUCAAGUUUGAGUAAUAGAAUAACCGUUUGAUGC